AUGCCCAACGGCCUCCUCGCCCUCACCAACUUCACUUCCCAGGAAAAAGGCCACGCCUUCCACCCAGCCCCGCUCCGCUUCCUCAACACGACGGCGAGCUCCACGGCCGUGGCGCGCUCCUUCUCCGCGUCCUUCGUGUUCGCCAUCGUGUCCGUCGUCGAUGGCCUGAGCGAUCAGGGCCUCGCCUUCGUGGUCGCGCCGACCUCGGACCUCUCAUCGGCCAACGGCGGACAGUACCUAGGCCUCCUCAACGCGAACGGCACCGCGAGCGGCCACAUCUUGGCCGUCGAGAUCACCAUCCGGAACCCCGAGCUGAGCGACAUCAACAGCAACCACGUCGGCAUCAACGUCAACAGCCUCAUCUCGCAGCAGGCCAAGCCCGCCGGCUACUACGCCGACGACGACGACAUGGCCUUCCGAGACCUGAUGCUGAAUAGCCGCAGGCCAAUGCAGGUGUGGGUGGACUACGACGGCGAGGGCCGGCGGCUCAAUGUGACAUUAGCUCCCGUACAAGCUCCCAAGCCCAAGUAUCCCUUGCUCUCUGAAGCCAUUGACCUCUCCACUAUCAUGGCGGACACGAUGUAUGCUGGCUUCUCAUCAUCGUCGGGCAUGGUGUCCACGCACCACUACGUCCUUGGAUGGAGCUUCAGCUUCGACGGACCUGCUCCGCCGCUCGACUUCUCUAAGCUGCCCAGCCUGCCGCAUGUGGGUCCCAAACCUCGGUCCAAGAUCUUGUACAUCACUCUACCAUUAGCCAUCAUGUUGCUCAUCGCCGCGGUGUUGGCCGUCACGUUCAUCGUGUGGCGCCGGCGGCAUCGGUUUGCAGAGGUGCGCGAAGAUUGGGAGGAAGAUUUCGGCCCACACCGAUUCGCAUACAAGGACUUGUUCCAUGCCACCGAUGGGUUCAAGAACAGAAAUGUACUCGGCGUUGGAGGGUUUGGGAAAGUAUACAACGGGGUACUUCCUGUAUCUAAUUUGGAGAUCGCCGUCAAGAGAGUGUCACAUGACUCAAGGCAAGGAAUACGGAAGUUCAUUGCCGAAGUGGUGAGCAUUGGUCGUCUCCGGCAUCGAAAUCUCACGCAGCUGCUAGGCUAUUGCUGGCGCAACGGUGAACUUCUUUUGGUGUAUGACUACAUGGCAAAUGGCAGCCUUGACAAGUAUUUGCACAAUAAGAAUGGGCCAGCUCUAUGUUGGCCUCAAAGGUACUUGAUUGUCAAAGGUAUCGCAUCAAGUUUAUUGUAUUUACACGAGGAUUGGGAGCAAGUCGUCAUCCACCGAGAUAUAAAAGCAAGCAAUGUGCUACUGGAUAGGGAGAUGAACGGGCGGCUCGGUGACUUUGGUCUGGCAAGGCUAUACGACCAUGGUACAAAUGCUCAAACAACACAUGUCGUUGGUACCAUGGGAUACCUAGCGCCAGAACUUAUGCGCACGGGGAAGGCAACACCCUCAGCCGAUGUAUUUGCAUUUGGUGUGUUUCUCCUAGAGGUCGUCUGUGGACGCAGGCCAAUCGGGAGUGACGAGCAUAACAACCCGAUGGUGUUGGUCGACUAG